GAUCAGAACCAACCAUCUCUGUUUUUUGUUUUAGAACAUAUAAAUUAACAUAAUGGAGUUCUCAACACUACUUGUAACCUUACUUUUUGUGAUAAGAUAUGUGUUUGGUGAUGCUGAUGUUGCUGGCAAUAUCAGUACAACCUUGAUGCCAUCAUCAAGUUCUUCAAGAACAGUAAAAGACGAUGUUAAAACUUCUGAUUUAACACAUCAAAAAAACUACGCCACAUCAAGAUCUGUUUUAACUCUUUCAAAAAGCUUGCUAAAACAAGCAUCACAAACAACUACCCAUUCAUUGUCAGUAAUACAUACAACAAGUUCUGUUGUAAACAACAAUUUGCAGACUUCUAUAUCAACUCAUAAAUUAACUCAAUUCACAAUUCCUACGACCUUAAGUCUUUUAACAACACAUGGUUUUACAAUAACUACAGCUACAUCUUCAUCAAAUUUUAAUGGCACUUCCAAUAUGGCUUCGUUUAAGAAAAUGGAAGUUUCAUCAACUUCCAAUGUUUCAGUAUCAACAAUAUUUGCUACCACUGAGCAAGUUUCAACUGAUAUAUCAUUCUCUUUGCCUUUCUCAAGCUCAAGUAUUAUUAUGUCAACAAGAAGCAACAUGUUAGCUGCAUCAUCAGAAUACACCACAAGUAUAAAGUCAUCCACAUUAAGAAUGGAAAGUAGUACUGCAUCACAAGUAAAUACAAGUCCUCAUAAAGAUAUGUCUACUCUGGUAAACAGUCAAUCCAUGAUAUCUGCUUUGCUAACUGCACAUGACAGUUUAUAUUCUACGCCAUCAUCAAGUGAAACAACAUUUUAUUUAACUAGUGGAGUUGUGCAGACGAGUCAGUCAGUGUUGGCUUCAAAUCCGUCUUCAGCAGUUGUUGCAACCUCCUCAUCAGUCUCCAAGAGUCGUGGUGUAACAUACAGUCAACAGAUUUCAUCCGCUUUUACCACAAGCUCAAACACCAGUUAUAGGAUGAUGUUAUUUAGCAGUUUUAUUCCAGCAAGCUCUAAGGUUUCAGUUGCAGUAACACCUUCAUUGGUUUCAAAAACACAUUCAGACGUAUCCUCCAUAAGUAUAUUAAGAUCCUCUGUUACCACCUCGUCCUCGUUUAUACCGCAUUCAUCACGUGUUAUAUUAGCUACAGCAGCACCAUCAAAUCAAUCUCCUCACUACACAACAGCAGAAAAAGUUGGUAUAGGAUUCGCUAUAGCUGUUGGAAUCAUACUUUUCUGUUUGAUCAUUUGGUUUGUUCGAGUGAAGCGAAGAGAUAAUAAACACUACAAACUUUAUAACGACGACUUAUUUCAAAUACCUGGCUUUACAGAGUAUGGUGGUACUGUCCAAUUAAGUGAAUUGGGGACUAGUGAGUACGAAGAUAUAGAUGCGUCUCAUUACGAAAGGGAAAACCAACUGUUUGAUUUGACGGAUUCAUCGAAAAAAGGAUAUGCUAACCAGACAUUAGCAUGGGACAACUAACAACUACUUACGGCGAAUGUUAGCUACUAAAAAUGUGAUGUGUAUAUUUCCUAAUUUUAUUUAUUUUUCCAUAUAUAUUUUUU